AUGAACGUCGCGCUGCAGGAGCUGGGCGGCGGCGGCAACAUGGUGGAAUACAAACGGACCACGCUGCGGGAGGAAGACGUACCUGAGACCCCCGUAGAGGGCGGGGCCUCCCCGGACGCUGUGGAGGUGGGAUUCCGGAAGAGGACAAGAGACUUCUUGGGCUCCCACACCCCACUGGAGCUGGUCUUAGCAGCUGUCUCUCUGCUGCUGGCUGCGCUGCUCCUGGGCUGCUUGGUGGCCCUGGGGGUCCAGUACCACAAAGACCCAUCCCAUAGCACCUGCCUCACAGAGGCCUGCAUUCGAGUGGCUGGAAAAAUCCUGGAGUCUCUGGACCGUGGGGUGAGUCCCUGUGAGGACUUUUACCAGUUUUCCUGUGGAGGCUGGAUUCAGAGAAAUCCUCUGCCUGAUGGGCGUUCUCGCUGGAACACCUUCAACAGCCUCUGGGACCAGAACCAGGCCAUACUGAAGCACCUGCUUGAAAACACCACCUUCAACUCCAGCAGCGAAGCUGAGCGGAAGACACAGCGUUUCUACCUCUCCUGCCUGCAGGUGGAGCACAUCGAGGAACUGGGAGCCCAGCCGCUGCGAGACCUCAUUGACAAGAUUGGUGGUUGGAACAUUACGGGGCCCUGGGACCAGGACAACUUCAUGGAAGUGCUGAAGGCAGUAGCAGGGACCUACAGGGCCACCCCCUUCUUCACUGUCUACGUCAGUGCCGACUCCAAGAGUUCUAACAGCAAUGUUAUCCAGGUGGACCAAUCUGGGCUCUUUCUCCCCUCUCGAGAUUACUACCUAAACAGGACCGCCAAUGAGAAAGUCCUCACCGCCUACCUGGACUACAUGGAGGACCUGGGGAUGUUGCUGGGCGGGCGGCCCGCCACCACACGGGAGCAGAUGCAGCGGGUGCUAGAGCUGGAGGUGCAGCUGGCCAGCAUCACAGUGCCCCAGGACCAGAGGCGGGACGAGGAGAAGAUCUACCAUAAGAUGAGCAUCGUGGAGCUGCAGGCCCUGGCGCCCUCCAUAGACUGGCUGGAGUUUUUGUCUUUCUUGCUGUCACCGCUGGAGCUGGGAGACUCUGAGCCCGUGGUGGUGUAUGGGACGGAUUAUUUGCAGCAGGUGUCAGAGCUCAUCAACCACACAGAGCCAAGCAUCCUGAACAAUUACCUGAUUUGGAACCUGGUGCAGAAGACAACCUCGAGCCUGGACCACCGCUUUGAGUCUGCACAGGAGAAACUGCUGGAGACCCUCUAUGGCACCAAGAAGUCCUGCAUGCCAAGGUGGCAGACCUGCAUCUCCAACACAGACGAUGCACUUGGCUUCGCUUUGGGCUCCCUCUUUGUGAAGGCCACGUUCGACCGGCAAAGCAAGGAAAUUGCUGAGGGGAUGAUCAGCGAGAUCCGGACCGCCUUUGAGGAGGCCCUGGGGCAGCUGGUUUGGAUGGAUGAGAAGACCCGCCAGGCAGCCAAGGAGAAAGCAGAUGCUAUCUAUGAUAUGAUUGGUUUCCCGGACUUCAUCCUGGAGCCCAAAGAGCUGGAUGAUGUUUAUGAUGGGUAUGAAGUCUCUGAAGAUUCCUUCUUCCAGAACAUGUUGAAUUUGUACAAUUUCUCUGCUAAGGUGAUGGCUGACCAGCUCCGCAAGCCUCCCAGCCGGGACCAGUGGAGCAUGACCCCCCAGACAGUGAAUGCCUACUACCUUCCAACCAAGAAUGAAAUCGUCUUCCCUGCCGGCAUUCUGCAGGCCCCCUUCUACACCCGUAACCACCCCAAGGCCCUGAACUUUGGUGGCAUCGGCGUGGUGAUGGGCCAUGAGUUGACACAUGCCUUUGAUGACCAAGGGCGCGAAUAUGACAAGGAAGGGAACCUGCGGCCCUGGUGGCAGAACGAGUCCCUGGCGGCCUUCCGGAACCACACGGCCUGCAUGGAGGAACAGUACAGCCAGUACCAGGUCAACGGGGAGAGGCUCAACGGCCGCCAGACGCUGGGGGAGAACAUCGCUGACAACGGGGGGCUUAAGGCUGCCUAUAACGCUUACAAAGCGUGGCUGAGAAAGCACGGGGAGGAACAGCAGUUGCCAGCUGUGGGGCUCACCAAUCACCAGCUCUUCUUUGUGGGAUUUGCCCAGGUGUGGUGCUCAGUCCGCACACCCGAGAGCUCUCACGAGGGGCUGGUGACCGACCCCCACAGCCCUGCCCGCUUCCGCGUGCUGGGCACUCUCUCCAACUCCCGUGACUUCCUGCGGCACUUCGGCUGCCCCGUCGGCUCCCCCAUGAACCCAGGGCAGCUGUGUGAGGUGUGGUAG